AUGUCUGAAAUUUUAAUCGUAGUUGGCACUUAUACAGGUGGGUUAAUAGGGCUUCAAGGUCCUGUAAAUCAUCCAAAAACGAUUUUCGCAUUUAGCGCUACCACUGUAUUUUUUAAGUAGAAUUGUAUAAAGUCCUUGAAUAUUCAAGGUGAAUUUUUAUUCGCUGGUGGAUAUGAUGAAAUGAUAUUCUCAUAAGAAAAACUUUUUUUUUUGCAUAUUCCCUAUUAUUAAAAUAUUAAUUUAGAUUAGAGGCAGUGUUUUUUAAUCCUACUUCUGGACCACCAUGCGUUCCACAGCAACAGCUGCAGGAUUUGCACACGGAAGACUUUCGAAGUCCGGUAGAAAUGCAGGUUUCUCGGCAGUGCGCGCCAUUUUGAUCCAGAUCAUAUGGAUUUUGCCGGGCAGCACCAUUUCCAACUCCAAAGCCACUAUUGGUCAACCCUGCUUAGCUCUGGCCAGAUUGCCCCCUUUCUGACCCUUUUAAACUGGAGAGACUAGCACUUGAAAUCUUGUCUAGCCUACCUUCCCCUUUUCCCCCGAUUAGCUCCGAAGGAAAAACUUUACCGUUUGCGCUGGUUCAUAACAGGGUGUGAAGCAGCUCAGGCAGGUAAGUGGCCCUGCGUCUGUUGAAACCCGCUCUGGGCUUUGGUGCUGCCGGCUAAAAGGAUUUAAAUCUGCUGCACGUACCCCAAACCAUUAAUCAUCAGAAGUAGUUUUAGGCCUCUCGUUUCAAAGCUAACCCAACCUUGGCAGCUCUUUGUCCAAAAAGCCGCAUCCGUAUAUACAUAAGGGCAUCCACUGAGAUGACGGGCCGCUCAUCUCCAGCCAUUUUAUGUAUCUAAAAUAUUAAUUUAAUUAUAAAAGUAUAAGAAUUUUCCAUCUAAAUGAACGAAAAGAAUUAGGAGCAGUCUUAGAAAAUUCUGGCUCAGUCAACUCAAUCGCUUCUUGUAAAAGUCAUUUUUUGACUGGCAAUGAUCAAGGUAAAGUCUGUAUUUGGAGGAUGAAAGACUUUACUAUGCUUCACUCAUUAAAAGGGCACAGAUCAUCUGUAAAUGGUCUUUCCCUACACCCAAGUUCUCGCAUGGCUUUAUCUGUGGGAAAAGAUAAUAGGCUUUACUUAUGAAACCUUAUUAAGGCUAGAAUUUCUUUUCGGCAAAGAUAUUAUUUCCCAUUAGAAGAAGUCCACUGAUCUCCAUGCGGAUAUUUUUUCGCUAUUAGAAGUUACAGAAAUGUUUAUUAUUUCAACUCAGAAACCAAUAUAAAAGAAGACUAUAUUACCCUUACACACACAAGCCAACUAAACACAUGUGGAUUUUUAGGAAAAUCUGAUUUAAUAGCUGCAGGGGACAAUAAUGGUGAAAUUGUGAUAUACUAUUUUUAAUAAAUAUUAUAUAGACCAUUAUUGUUUUUAUUAAAAAUCAGAAUAAUUAUUACUCCCCCCCCUCCGUGAGUGAACAAAACCAUUAGAAAAAUCGCUAUUUUUUGCCCAAAAAACCCACCCUCCGUGAGUGAACAAAAAUUUUUUUAAUAGAAAAAUUUUUUAUGGAAAAAAAAUUUGAUAUAUAAAUGAUAAUUAGUAUAAUGAAAUCUAGAGCUAAUUCUGUUUAAUUUUAAACAAAUUGCUUUUUAAAACAUAAAUUUUAUAAAUUAAAUUAAUAUUUGCUUUCCAAUCUUUGCGAAUUAGGAUUUUUUUAAAAUUUCGAAAAAAAAUAUUUUUUAUAAAAUUUAUAUAUAAAAAUAAAAUUAACCCCCCUCCGUGAGUGAACAAAAUUGUUUUGUUCACUCACGGAGGGGGGGGAGUUAGUAAAAUUUUCUAACUGCGACCUUUAAAAUUGGUGCAAUAAAUUCUGUUCCAAUUUAAAUAAAGUUAAAAAUAUAAAUACUUUUUAUUUUAAUUUAUUUUUAUAAUAAAAAAAUAAUUUAAAAAAUGAAUCGAUUUAAUUGAAAACUGUUUAAAUAGCAUUCUAAUUUCACUUUUUCCAAUAAAUUAAGUCAAAACUAAUUUUAUAAAAAUAGUUUUUUUGUUUUAAAAAAAUAUAAAUUAAUAAUUUUAUAAAAUUAGUAUUUUCAUCAAUAAAAUUUUUUUAUUAUUGAAAUAAAAUAUUGUUAUAAUUUAAAGGGGGCUAAAGUACCCAAAAAUGCAAAUUUUUAUCAGUAUCUUUCCUAAUUUGAAGGAGAGAGUAAUUAAAAAGUAUAUGAAAAAUCAAUGGAGGAAGCUUGUCAUUUAAAGCCCACAGUAUCAGGAUCACUAAGCUCCAAUACACAGAAAUCGAGACUUCCAAUGGCAAACGUGGAGUUCUAAUCUCCUUAACUACCCAAGGCGAAGUCUCCAUCUGAAACGUGACCCCAAUCCAAGACGCAAUCGAAAGCCUAACCCCAGGCCAAAACAUGAAAGUUGACAACAAUGAAGACUUAUUAAUCACGUCUAUAAACCUGAACUGUAGAUGUUCUUCAUUGGCAGUAAAAUAA